AAAUCUCAUUUUAGUUGUUUACAUGUUUACAUAAAUUGCUUUUAAUGGCAACUUUGCUGUUUUUACGGACCCUAAGAAGGCCUAGCCCCAUUGCAGCGUACAAGUUCACAUACACAGGUUCAAAAUGCCCGAAUACAUCGCUCCACCAUCGCCUAUCAUCAACAGAAGCUGCGUCGGCGGCGGCCGCCCAAUUCGGAAAUGCCGGUGGAUUGGGGGGCUUCUGGCAGACUUUGUCAAAUAGUCAGCCCGUGGGAGUCAUGCAAGAUACCCUUAUAACGAUACACGACUACAGCGGACUGCCUUGGUGGGCUUCUAUUAUCUUAUCCACUUUCCUGUUCCGGAGUGUAGUCACUCUCCCACUGACCAUUUACCAGCACAAGAUCACAGCCAGGAUCGAGAAAAUAGCCCUAGAGAUGCCGGCCAUAGUGGAAGAGCUCAAGAAGGAGGCUGCGAUGGCAAAACAGAAGUUCAAGUGGAGCGAUAAACAAACCCAGAUAGUCUACCGGAGAUCGAUCAAAAAACAGUGGCAGAAACUUAUCGUGCGCGACAACUGUCACCCCAUGAAGACACUCAUAGUAUUGUGGGGUCAGGUUCCCCUGUGGAUAUUCCAAUCAGUGGCUUUGCGUAAUCUUGUCUACAUGCUACCCGAUCCCAUGACCAUUCAGGCUCAAAUCGUCGCCACAGAACUGACAAUUGGCGGCUUUGGGUGGAUACCCAAUCUUACGGUAGUGGAUAGUUCCUACAUCCUGCCAGUAACCCUAGGAAUCAUCAAUUUGGCCAUUAUCGAGGUGCAGUCCAUGACCAGAACGCGACCGUCCACACGCUUGCAAAACAUAGCCAACAAUGUCUUUCGGGGACUGAGCAUUGUUAUGAUUCCGGUGGCCUGUACUGUGCCCUCGGCCCUCUGUGUUUAUUGGGUGGCCUCUAGUAGCUUCGGCCUGGGACAGAAUUUAUUGCUUCUCUCGCCGGAUGUGCGGCGCAUGGUGGGAAUUCCCAAGACAAAAACGGAACUAGACCAACCGUACGAUCAGCUCUGGCUGAAGAUUCAGCAGCGGAUAGGGCUCAUCGCGCAUUCGGCUACUGAUAAGCCGGAAUCAAAAUGAUUAGGUACCGCAGUCAUAAUUCUAGUCUAAAUGUAGGUAAGAUGUUGAGUUUUUA